AUGAGGAAAGAACCUCCACGAGGAGAAGAGGUGACCGUUGCUGCACCUAAUUGCUAUUGUGGGAGGCUUGCUUGGCUGCUGACUUCUUGGAUAAAGUCCAACCCACUUUGGAGAGGGGGAAAAAAAGGUUGUGGGUUUUUUGUAUGGGUUGAUAUUGAAAUGCCUCCCCGUGAGAGAUCUCUGAUGGCUUGGCUGCUGAGGACAAAGAGAGAAGUUGAAGAUCAGAUUGGGCGUGCAAGAGCAAGAGAGAAGAAGUUGUGGAUUUCUCUGUUUAUUUCUUGGGCCUUUGUGUUUAUGAUUUGGUUUGGCAAUGUUGUGUAA